AUGAGAAUCAAGAGAGAAUGGAUAGACUCAUCUAGUGGCGAAAACCUAUUACCAAAUCUUGAAUAUUGGCUAAAGAUAAAUAAACCAACUUAUCUUAGUUACUUAAAACAUCGUAACAGAACAGAACAGGCGUUCAAUAAAGAAAAAGUGUACUCUCAAUACGUAAAAGAAUUAGAAGUACUUAAAGCAAGUUAUACAACUGGAUACUACUCGGGGAUUUUUAAAAGGGCCUUAGAAAACGCAAGGAUACAAAAAACAUCCCCACAAGUUGCAAGAUUUUUUGAAUCAAAGGUUAUUAUUGAUGAUGAAGACGAACAAAGUAUCGUUGAGGAGAUUUCGAAUCUUUCUAUAUUAGAAACAGAAACCCCAGGUGAAUCUUCCGAAAAGAAUCGUGAAAUAGAAGACGAUCAAAUGGUAGCAGACCUGUCACUACAAGAUUUGUUUGGAUCCGAAUUUCACUGUUCUGACAAUAUGAUGUCGAUCUGUCAAUACCACAAUGAAAUCUGCCCAAAUGAUCCUCUGAUUGAUUUGAGGCCCAAUUCAAAUUUUACAAAACAACUCCCUUCAAACAUUCUUGCGAUUUAUCUUAAAGAUCUCGAUGAUAGGAUUAAUAGUUUGAUUCCAUCGAACAUCCACGACUUUUUAACGAAAUUUUUCAAACAGAAUUUAGCGGACGGUGAUUGGAAUGAUAAGAUCGAUGACCUACAAUGUUCAGAUAAAACUGAUCAUUUAAUGGUUUCAACUAUACGAAUCUUACGCAGGACCUUACCAAUUUUUAUUAUGGCAUUUUCACUAGGACCAAAUAAUCCUCUUUUGAAUUUGGCUGCAUUAGAAAGACCACAUUUAAAUGCAUUUGUGCACCCAUGUCUGCAGGCUAGCUUAUGGUACAUCUCAUCUAUAAUUUACGAGUUUGGAGAGAUAACCACGAAAAACCAUAAACGAGAAUAUGCAGAUGGUGUAGGAUAUUUAAAUAAUGCAGACAAAUAUCAAUUGGUUUAUAUGGAAGGUUCAAGGCCAUAUGCCAGAGAUGAUAAAGAAAUAGCAGAUGCUUUGAAAAUCUCCAAAAACCUACAAAAAAUUUUUAUAAACGUAUUCAAAGAUAGCGCAAAGUGUAGAAGGCGACUACCCAAAAACCUUGCCAUUUUUGGUGGUCAAAGUUUUCGACUUCGAAUACAUUUACAGUUUAUGGAUUACUUAGAUAACGCCAAUCUACCGCGCGACUUUACAGAGAUGAAGGAGUUCGUAUUUUUUUACGAAUGUAUUAUAAAGUGGGCCUUGCUAGUUCGGGAGAUCAACGAAGCUUUUGAAGAAUCACAAACGAGACCGUCAAGGCUUUCUUACAUUAAUGCACUGAAAGUAGCGGACGCUCUAUAA